CUAGGUGGCCCAGGAAGAGCAGAAGACAACCAAUCUCGUCUCAGCUAGUGUCUUCAGACUCCAAUCCAGAAAAUCCAGUCCAGUCAAAAAACCCCUCACCCUUUACCUGGGUAAAUGUAUAAAGGGCAGCCCCCAAUCUGGUUUAUCUGGCAGAAACGGGUUGGAGUUGCCUUGUAUAUAGUGGACAGAAUCUGAACUGCUGAAAAGGAGACACAUCUAGGGAACAUGGCAGAAAAAGGGUCACCGUUUCUUGGGGGCUUGUUGGUGAUGGGCAACGCUGUAAUCAUGCUCGCAGGGUUGGCUCUAUAUGCUGAGUCUGUCUGGGUAACAGCUGAUCCGUACAAAGUCUACCCCAUCCUGGGGGUCUCGGGCAAAGACGACGUCUUCGCAGGAGCAUGGAUCUCCAUCUUCACUGGUUUUGCCUUCUUCUGCAUCUGUAUCUUGGGUAUCAUCAGCCUGGUGCACGGCAACCGCCUCAUGGUGUUAUUGUACCUGGUCCUGAUCGUGGUUGUCUACAUGUUUGAAUGCGCAUCUUCCAUCACAUCCUACACUCAUCGUGACUUCGUGGUUUCGAAUUCCAAUUUGGUCACCAAACAGAUGUUGACCUACUAUUCCGCUGACACGCACCAAGGCCGGGAGCUUACCCGGAUGUGGAACCGCUUUAUGAUAGAGCAACAAUGCUGUGGUACCAACAGUCCAAUGGAUUGGGUGAACUACACCUCAGUCUUCCGCAGCAGGUACCCUGAGGUGGUGGCCCCCUGGCCAUUCUACUGUUGCAAGCGGGACGCCAACUUCAUCAUCAUCAAUGAAGAGGGCUGCAGACUGGGGCACGUUGACUACAUCAAUUCCAAGGGCUGCUUUGAACACAUCAAACAUGCAGUAGACAGCUAUGCCUGGGGGGUCUCCUGGUUUGGCUUUGCUAUCCUGAUGUUCGCGUGCCCUGUGGUCCUUCUGGUCAUAUACCACUACACCACAAUGUGAGGAACACCAACUGGUCAAACUGGAUUGAACCCAACAGUGAAAGAGAAUCUAUCUUCUAUUAGGUAGAGCAGGGGAUGCUCAGCCAUCUUCCUGUGGAGACCUCUCUGGGUCUCUGGCUACACCCACAUCGCGCAUCAAAAUGUGUCCUAGAAAGUUGACCUUUUCUCCUCAGUCUAUCACAGGGGGAUCCCCGGUGGAGAAAUCUUCCCAAUUGCUUUUUAAAAAAAUAUAUCAUAAAUGUGAUUUGAAA